UGACAUCUGAUGCACAAUGAACGAGAGAACCAGAAAAACGGGGAUCGUGGUUGAAAAGUUUAACGAAGCCUUCUACGAAUCCACCAUUUUUCUCCGUAUCAGCUUCUUUUCCGCGAGUAUCACCCUCAUCAUAUUUGUUACAGGAUUUUUUGCCCCGUCUUGGAAAUAUUUAGAGUUUACUCUACAGUUCAACAACUUAGACACAAACGAUCCCUCCAUCUUGGAUCCUGGCGAUCCUUCAUUGUUUGAAGAUUCCAGUUUACGUCUUAAAGACGUAGCCUCUGAAUUUAAUUCAUCAGUGUUGUACGAAAACUGGAAUGAGGAAUAUAACUUAACUUCUUAUUUCGAAGAUCUUGCAGAGUAUUCUUUGAACACAAUGAACUUUUCCAAUACCUCCAGUGAAUUAUUUUACUCUUCGUUUGAUACUUUAGAACUUUUCACUGCACACAUUGUCAUUGGACUAUGGGAAACGAGGGUCUGUACCAAAUUUCUCGCAGAAGAAAAUUGCAUCCCACCAUUCAAAACUCAAGGACACAACUGGAUCCGCCGGUCACGGGGGUUUUGUAUCAUGGCCCUGGGGAUGGCACUUCUGACGGUGGUCCUCAUUCUUCUGUGUCUGUUCCUCUCGAUCGCUGCUGACAUGCUGCUCACCCAUGUCAUGACUCUCCUCACCAGCAUUCUCUCAGUGGGCAGCAUAGCGGUGGGUAUCCUCAUCUUUACCACCAAUCACACAAAGCUGGAUGAGCACACGAUGUUCAAUAACAUGGGCAUGUUUCAGAUGUUAGUUUCUAAAGUAUCCUGGGCAUGUUGGCUUAGUGCCAGCGCUAUCCCAUCGGCAGCCAUGACAGUUAUCUUCUUGGGACUUAAUUUAGUGUUUUUCUAACUUAAAUGCUACUUUGUACUUUAUGUUGCUCAGUUACUUUUGAUGUUUACAAUGAGUACAUGA